GCCCACAGUAGUGAUUAUUCUGCUCAGGUAGACAAACACGGUCCGGCUUCAGCCUCUGAAACCACCGCACAUGAACUAACUGCCCUGACAGAGCUGGAAGCUGCUCGUUUAGAGGUUCCGAAAGCAGCCUGGCUCGGUUUGGAGCGGGUUUAAUCCGGUUUGGAGCGGGUUUUGUGACGGGUGUGGACCACCGGGGAAGACAGAAGGAGCGAAAGUUUGCUUCGGCUUAGAUUCACGUCUCUGCAGUGCCAUUGUCAAUCAUGUUCAGGUAGAGACUGGCUUCACUGUGCCCACCAUGCGGAAGCAUCUGGACAGGAUCCGGUUCCGAGGCCAGAGACGGGACGAGUUCCUGGAUCUGGUUGAGUCGCCCAACACAUCUGACACAGAAUGCACAGAGGAGUUUGCAAUUAAACCUCGUGCCUCCACCAGAGAGUCGGAGGAACCGAAGGAGGCAGAUGGAGAGCAGCAGAGUGAUGCUCAGGCUGGUCCAGGAUCAUUUUCUGCAGCUCUCCAAGAUGACCCGAGGUCAGAUCUCAAUGAGGUCAAAGGUCACCUAGAAAUCGCCUUGUUAGAGAAACACUUUUUACAGGAGGAGUUGAGGAAACUUAAAGAGGAGUCCAACCUGGAUUCACUGAGACAGGAGCUGGAGAAAGAGCGCAGCAGAAGCAGUGAGCUGGAGCAGAAGAUCAGCGACCUUUUAAGAUCCAGCUUUGAGGACUCACCUUCUCAGACGCCCAAAGCCCAGCCCCCGGCCCCUCCUCCACCUGCAGCUAGCGGUACAGACAAACAGAAGGACACUCUGUCCGGCAGCUUCCUGAAAUGGCUUUAUGAUCGUUUUGGCGUUUAUAUCGAGGACUUCCGCUUUCAACCGGAGGAGCACACAGUGGAGACCGAGGAGCCGCUGAGUGCUAAGAGGUUGACUGAAAACAUGAGACGACUCAAACGAGGGCUCAAACCUGUGACCAACUUCAAGAGGAACCUCGCUGCCUUAUCCAGCUGGUACUCAGUCUACACGUCGGCCAUCGCCUUCAUUGUCUACAUGUACGCAGCGUGGCGCGGCUGGGCAAUCCCCAUGUUCUUAUUCCUCGCCAUCCUCCGACUCUCCUUGAAUUACCUCAUCGCCAGAGGCUGGAGGAUCCAGUGGAGCAUCGUACCUGAAGUCUCAGAGCCUGUGGAGCCGCCUAAAGAAGACCUGACGGUGUCAGAGAAGUUCCAGCUGGUUCUGGACGUUGCUCAGAAAGCUCAGAAUCUUUUUGGGAAGAUGGCGAACAUCCUGGAGAAAAUUAAGAAUCUGUUCAUGUGGGUUCAGCCAGAGUUGACUCAGAAGCUGUAUGUUGGACUGUGGGUGGCCUUCAUCGCCUCCUGCCUGCUGCCGUACAAACUGCUGGGAUUCAUCAUAGGUGUGUACGCAGGUAUAAAGUUCUUCAUCAUCGACUUCAUCUUCAAGAGUUGUCCCAAGCUGAGGCAACGCUACGACACCCCCUAUAUUAUUUGGACUAAUUUACCCACUGACCUGCAGCUGAAGGAGCGCAACACCACCACGCUGAGCAGACGGGCUACUGCAGGGGGUCGAGGCAGCUUAGGUGCUGCAGCUCCUCUGGGUGUCAGCCGGGACGAAGACGGAGGACGAUACUACAGCACCAAGAGAGGAGCUUUUCACGAGGUCUUCAACCUGCCGGAGACCGAGCAACCUCUGACAGUGUGUGAGAAUGGCUGGCGCUGCUGCCUCAUCAACAGAGACCGGAAGACACCGACAGACUACAUCCGCAACGGGGUCCUCUAUGUCACAGAAAAUCAUCUGUGUUUCGAGAGUUCCAGCUCCAGGUCUGGAUCCUCCAAGAGGAACAAAGUCAUCAAACUCACUGAAAUCACCGACAUCCAGAAGUACAAGGUUUUGUCUGUGCUGCCUGGAUCUGGGAUGGGGAUCUCUAUAGCAACACCAUCCACCCAAAAGGUAAGAGGAUAGAAGGAAGACCCUCG